UUUUUUCUUUGUUUAAUUCCGCUGGCGGGCUGCGCCGACACACACAAGAGACGGUUGAGUUCACGUCAGAGAUGAAGGCCCUGCAGUGAGGUGUCUAAUGGUCUCCAGGUCAGGGCGGUCCACGUGAGAAGGAAACCUUAGAAGAGAAGAGCAGACACUCGUGGAAAGAGAGACAAGAGUUUCUCACGGCACGUGGCCUCUCCCACAGGGGAUGUCAUGGAUCAACAACUGGCCCACAUUAAAAAAGAGGAGUGUGAGUGGGGUGCAGCAGAGGAGGUGCGUGUGAAGCUGGAGGACUUCGAAGAGAGUGUUUCACUUGUGAACGGGGUGGAGAUCAAGGGGGAGAUCGUGGAAGUUAAAGUUGAGGAUUUGAAAGAUGCGUCCAUUAGCCUUGACCCACACAACCAUGAAAGGGGGCGAGGUGCUCAUGAAGGGUCUCGUUCCAGUCUGCAGCCCUGGUUCACCGAUACGGGACAGCCGGCUACCCAUCAGAGCUCUGUGGAAUUGAAAACGGAGUUGUCUGAGUUGGAAGAAAAAAGCAGUGAAAGGAACGGGAGGGAAGAAGCGGAAGAGCAGCAGUCAGCUGGGAGUGUUGGAAUAAAUUUCCAACAGCAUUCCAGCUUCUCCCCAUCUCCAUUCGCUCGACCCUCUCUUCAGUGCAGACUGCGACACAAACAGGACAAGGAGAAGGCAAAGAAAUCAACAAGAGGAUCGGAGCAUUUGACAGCCGACUCUGUCCCAUGCAGUUCUUUUCCUGUGAGAGGAUCCAUCAACACUGACCAACAACAAGGUCAUAACGCUGACCAAGAGGCUUUGAGUGCUGGCCAAGAGUGCGGACCUACUCUUACAAACCAAUCUGACGGUAAAGAUCAAACUUUGAUUCACACAAUACCAAAGCCGUAUUGCUGUUCUGGGUGUGGCAAAAAAAUUCCUCCAUAGGGGAAGGCUUGAGA